CAGGAAGAGUGCAAUAUACUGAUAAGACCUCUUCUUAUCAUUGGGCACUCUUUUUGACCAUCCCUUUCUUUCAUUCUUAUAGAAAAUCAUAGCAUUACAUAUACAAUACUACUAGUACACCCUCAGUGCAUAAUCUGAUGAAAUGUCACCUCUCACUCUCCUUUUAUCUUCUGCUUGAAGUUCUGAAAUGACUUUUCUUGGCCAUCUCUUUACUAACACUAAUCAAGUUUCAGAACUAUUUGUUAUCUAUGGCUCAGCAGGAAGAAGGGUGGCCUCUGGGCCUGCAACCUUUGAAUGUGAGAGUUGGUUUGGUUCAUAUGCCUGAGUUUUCUGGAUCAUUGUCUUUCAACACUUCACCCAGUGCUUCCCCUAGUUCCUCAGAUUUAGAUACAGAGUCUACAGGAUCUUUCUUUCAUGACAAGAGCAUUACACUUGGGAGCCUAAUAGGAGUGUCGAACAUUUUAGAGUUCUCUAGGCGAUCAUUGAGGAAGAGAAGGCCUCAGACAGUACAGAUCAAGAAGAACAACAGACCGAAAACUUGGUGUUUCUCCCUCUGCCCAAGGGACCAGACCGAUGCAGAGUCAGAUUGCCAUAAUGCUGCAUCACUGGGUCAUUUUCUUGCUGUGGAGAGAAGGGCAGAACACAGAAGAAGCCAUAGCCCAAUGAUUUAUGGACCGGAAGACAUAGCCCUGGCCCAGGAGAGUCGAGAACAGAACUCACUUUUUGUUGAUGGUCAUGUAGCUCCGCCUCAGUUGAGUCCAUGGGCUUCUUCAGACAAUGAAAGGAGGCGAGAGGGAGUAUUGAGUCAUACAAAUCGAUGCGGAGUCCCUCUGGUGUUUCAUUGUAUGUGUUGUCAACACAUUCACUAGCUGAAAAUUGUUUGAUGCAUAUUAAGUUUGAGAUCAAAAUUAUUAUUGAUAUUUGUUAUUAAAUUUGAAGUGAUGUUCUUGGACA